AUGACUGCUACGUUCUACGCCGCUGUAGAGGUUCGUCCAGAAGAACCAGAAACAGCACCUGAUCGGGUAAACGGGGACCAACCGGACCCGCCGCCACACGCUUCGGAUGAGCCAUCAGCAGGAGAACCCGGCAUGGGGGUUGCAGCAGAACUGUCUGUCGGGCCGGAAGAUCCAACAACAUCCGAUGAUCCGGAGGAAGUGGAGGAGGAGCCGCUAUAUGUUAACUGGAUGUUCCAAGGGGAGAAAGAAUUCGAUUACACCCUAGGUCCUGCAAAAAUGGUAGUAGCAACCGACGGAUUAAAAAAUUGUCCAGCUGUACUACUCAACAUGGAGCUGUCCGCCAAGUUACAGCUCGCCAUAAGGGGACAAAGGGAGACUCAGAGAACCAAACUUCUGAUACACCAAGAUCGCGAGAUGUUGGAAGUGGGGGAACAGAGGACCUUUGAGCGGUUGAUCAAUGCCCUACACGAUCUCGAAAUCCUUUCACCACCGGAUUAUCCAGCUGGGUCUCAAACAGCCGCAAGUAUCCACGAGCUCAAGCUGAAGGUCAACGAACUGAAAAGCGAGCAUAUCCGUGUGAAGGAAGAGCUGAACUCUCUGGAAGAAGUACUCCAAAGCGCAUACGCCAACCAAAGGAUGCUUCAGGCUGAAGUGAAUGCCAUCCUGGACGACGUCUUAGUGAAUUAUAAGCUGCUCGAGCCGGAUCAGAUGCGACCUGAUACGGACCCCGAACUUCCGCCGGUUCAGAUCAACACUCAGCAGCAGCCCAAUGGAUCCAUUCCACCGAGCAUACCUAGCGCUCUUAGCCGGCCAUAUUUUGAUCCAGAGCAUUCCGAACUACGGCUUGAUCUGGGCGAUGCUAGUUACCGCAAAAUCAACGAGAAUCCACAAGCCAGAGCGCGCCACGUUCUCUUUCUGAAGAAAAUCGGACUCGUCAACGCUCAAGAGAAAAUCGACAGGUACCAGGACCACCAUGGCACCGAGUCCAACGCGCGACAACGUGCCGCGAUGGCCGGUGUGCAGAUCACUUCUCAGACGGACUUGGAUCUUUCCAAUCUCAAGCGGGGCCAGGAGCUCACGCGCAAGCUUAUUGAGGCUGAAGAGGCGGUCCGCGCCGCAAACGCGAAAGCUAAGCUUGCAGGAGUAAACGAUGAUCAGAAUUCCCAAUCUGGAAAGCAGAUGGAAGGAGAUGAGGAAAGCCUGGAGAUUGAGUUAAUGGCUUCCGCGGACAUGGCGUCCGUAGAGCGGUGGCUGGAGAAAGUCACGCCUGACGCCAAUCCUGAUAUGGCACCAGAUAACGAUGCGGAUGAUUGGGACUUUCAGGUGGAUGACCGACCGUGGGACAGCGUAAGCACGAUGGCUUAA